AUGAUCCUACAUCUAUAUUUUGUUACAGAUUUGCUAUGGAGCGCUCCGGAACAUCUACGCAAUGGCAGCAUUGAAGGAUCUCAAGAAGGCGACAUAUACAGCUUUGGUAUCAUCUGUUCACAACUCGUCACAAAAACAAAAGUCUGGAAUCUGGAGAACAGAAAAGAGGAUCCUGAGGGAAAAUCAGAUAUUAUUCCAGAGAUCAUCUACCUUUUGAAGAAAGGAGGUCAUAAUGCCCCACGUCCCGGCUUGGAGCCACAUGAAACAGUAGAAGUGAGCCCAGCUCUAUUACAUUUGAUCCGUGAUUGCUGGACAGAACGGCCUUCGGAACGUCCAACUAUCCAUCAAGUGAGAGAGCAGCUGAAAAGUUUUUCCAUACCUAAUUCCAGAUGUUCGAAUCUCAUGGAUUAUGUUUUCAAUAUGAUGGAGAAGUACGCGUGCAGUCUGGAGGAAGAGGUUGAACAAAGAACCAAAGAGCUGGUGGUGGAGAAGAAAAAGAGUGAUAUCCUUCUCUACAGAAUGCUUCCGAAGUAA